UUUUUAGUGAUAGGGUGGUUUCCAAUCAAGAUGUCGGCGUUUUCACGGACACUUGCGCCGUUCCUACGUGCCUCCCAUCACUCUCUCAGAACUGGUACCAAUGCCAACCCGUUACGAUUCGCUGUGCGACAGCAAAAUGUCGCCGCAGCCCUCAACAUCACCCGCUCAUAUGCCGUCUUCGAACGAACGAAGCCUCACGUUAACAUCGGCACCAUCGGACACGUUGAUCACGGCAAGACUACCCUAUCUGCCGCUAUUACCAAGAGACAGGCCGAGAAAGGGCUAGCAAGCUUCCUCGAGUAUGGCGCCAUUGACAAGGCACCCGAAGAGAGAAAACGUGGUAUUACCAUCUCUACGGCGCACAUCGAAUACUCCACAGACAACCGUCAUUACUCCCACGUCGACUGUCCUGGUCACGCCGAUUAUAUCAAGAACAUGAUUACAGGUGCCGCCAACAUGGACGGUGCCAUUAUUGUCGUCGCUGCUUCCGACGGUCAAAUGCCUCAGACAAGAGAGCAUCUCCUCCUCGCCCGUCAGGUAGGUGUCCAGAGGAUCGUCGUCUUCGUCAACAAGGUCGAUGCCAUUGAGGACCCUGAAAUGUUGGAGCUUGUCGAGAUGGAGAUGCGUGAGCUGCUCACCCAAUACGGCUUCGAGGGUGACGAGACUCCCGUCAUCUUGGGCUCCGCCCUGAUGGCCUUGGAGGGCAAGCGAGAUGAUAUUGGAAACGCCAAGAUUGACGAGCUGUUGAAAGCUGUUGACGAAUGGAUCCCCACGCCCCAGCGUGACCUUGAAAAGCCCUUCCUCAUGUCCGUCGAAGAUGUCUUCUCCAUUGCCGGUCGUGGAACUGUCGCAUCUGGCCGUGUGGAGCGAGGUACCCUGAAGAGGGAUCAGGAGGUGGAGUUGAUUGGCAAGGGUUCCGAAAUCAUCCGAACCAAGGUCACCGAUAUCGAGACCUUCAAGAAGUCCUGUGACGAGUCGCGCGCUGGCGACAACUCAGGUCUGCUUCUACGAGGUAUCCGACGAGAGGACGUCAGACGAGGUAUGGUGCUGGUCAAGCCCGGCUCCGUUAAGGCGCACACCAAAUUCAUGGUCUCGCUGUACGUCCUGACCAAGGAGGAAGGUGGCCGACACACUCCCUUCGUCGAGAACUACCGCCCCCAGAUCUACCUGCGAACUGCCGACGAGGCCGUUGCGCUCCACUUCCCCGAGGAGGUCGAGGACAAGUCUAGGGCCGUUAUGCCCGGUGACAACGUUGAGAUGGUCGCCACCUUACAUCAGCCCAUCGCCGUCGAGACCGGCCAGCACAUCAACAUCCGUGAGGGUGGCCGAACCGUCGCUACCGGUUUAAUCACGCGCAUCAUAGCAUAAACGAGAUGGUCUGCGGGAUUACAUGGGAGUGGUUCACACACACCUCAAUCUCAGGGGGGGGGAAUAGAUAACGGGGCUCUCUUUCGGCUUUGUUCCAUAGCCGCCAUCAUUUGAGGGGGAAGGGACACGAGAGAAAAAAGUAAGAAAUCUCCGGCGUUUUUCCACCUCUUGUACGUAGGUGCGUAGGUUAGGGGAAUUUCGGACGAUGAUGAUGGAUGAUGUAUUAUACCAGCAUUUUUUGAGCCCCGCACAUGUACAUUUGAUGAAGCUUUUCCCUCCGAGGCUCCGAUCUGAAUCUCGCGAUCUUGAUCUCGAUCUCGAAAAGGGUCUCUGGAUCUCUCUCUCCUCUACAUUUGACUGACCCGUGUUUUCGAAACGUUGAGUGGUUGUGCUGUAGAGUUUUGUGUGUGGUGAAAGUGAAUUGAUGAAUUGGUGAGUUGGUGAAUUGGUGAAACUAGGUAAAUGAAGUAAAUAUGCCUUCCGAAGUAAGUUGGAACUCUAAGUCCGUCAAUGGGUAGAUUGAUUGAUACGUAGGGUGUGGAUUGUGGAUCUGAUAGGGGAAAAGGAAACCUAACAGCUAACGGGGUAUCAAAGGCGAUAAUUGGUGUAAGUUAGGCAGGUAGGCAUUAUAAUGGCGCUUGUGGUCCUGUCCUGGGCUGCUGAAUUGAGGACGAUCGGUUACGUUUUGCGCCAAUGAGUUCGUCUAGA